UCGAUUUUCACUUUUUCUAAAUGUAAACAUUAGAUUUUCAUCUAAAUUUAAUCUUAAUUAGUUUAAUUAUCUUUUAGUUUAUUAACAAAGUUUAAACUAUUCUUUGAAUACAUUAUCACAAUCUAAUUAAAACUCUCCACAAGUGAAACAAUGCAAAUGGCAAGUCGGAGUUUGUUUCGUUUAAUCCGUUCUAGUCCAUCAUCUGUAUCUUCAAUCUUUAAUCUUGGUAUCAUCAAGUAUCAACAGACUUGUUUACAGCGAUGCUCAAUUUCAUCAACUUGUAAAUUAUUUACAUUUAAGGUUCCAUUUUAUUUUGAUAAAGGGGAUAAAGAGGAAACUGAUGAAAGUCCAGAUGAAAAAGAAGAUCGUUAUGUUAGGCAAUGGCUGAGUGAAAAGGAGUUUCAAUAUCAAACCAUCGAGGAUUUUAAAUCUUUUCUAACCAGCGAUGAAGAUGUCACUAAAAUGAAUUGGAUUCUAAAUGAAUAUGAAAUAGCAAAAUAUGAUACAAGUUUAUGUCCAUCCUUUUUACCACCGGAAAGAGCUAAAGAGAUGCUAGAAAAUUUUCCCGAUCAAACUAAAUUAAUCAACUAUUUCCAUUAUUUAUACUCUCGUGAGAAUCGUAAAAAUGCUGAAAAAUUAAGGAGAAGUGAUAACAGGAAAGAAACAGCGAUAAAUUUACGACGAGCCCAUGAUAAUAAUGUAAAAUUAGAAAUGGGAAUUCAAUAUGACUCGAAAACUGGUAAACCCGCUUAUGGUAAAUGGCGAAAUGCUUGUUUCAUUGAUUUAGGACGGAAAGAGGAAUAUACUGUUUAUAUACCUCAGAACAUUGUCUCUUCUCUGUUUGGACAAAAGCUUGUCAUCGAUUUUUCUUACGAGGAUUGUAUGUCCAUCCAGGAAAAGAAAAGUCUAAUCAAACAAUUAAAUUUCUCUUUCCAAGCAAUCAGAGAAGAUGAGGAACCAUUUGACUUUUGGUUCUGUAAUUUAGAUGAUCAAAGUAAAACCUAUUCACUUUUGGAGAAAAGUCUUGGUUGGGAUCAUCAGGCUAAAUUUUCUUCUCAUUUUAUACAUCGGACAUCAAAAUCGUAUAUUGACCUAUUUCCACGUGAUAAGUUAAUCUAUUUGUGUCCCGAUUCAUCUUACGAUUUCACCAAUUACGAUGAUGAGGCCGUUUACGUUGUCGGUGGUUUGGUUGAUCGUCGAGUAGUUAAACCUGUUUCUCUGGCUAAAUGUAAAAAAGAAAAACUGAAACACAUGAGAUUACCAUUAGAUCAACAUCUAUCAAUGAUUGGAAGUAAAAUAUUAACAAUUGAUCAAGUAAUUUCAAUUCUAAUCGGUUUGAAAUCAGGUAAAUCCAUGGAGGAAUCAUUGAAAUUAUCAGUUCCAGAAAGGAAAUUAAAGAAACCUGAACAAAUUGAAUUAGAAAAAGCAAGACGUCUCCUUAAAUUAACUGUACAAAAACAUAGUAGAAAAAAUUUGUAUUAUUGAAAAAAUUUCAUUUUCUUUCAUCGAUUCAAAUGUAAAUCAAAUUAACAUGAAAUUUAAUUGUUUUGUUUUUUUCCUCAAUUUCAUCAACAUAAACAAACUUGAAGAGUCUCCUCUGUAUCUCUCUCUCUCUCUCUCUCUCUCUCUCUCUCUCUCUCUCUCUGUCUGUCUUGUUUAUCCCUUUCAUUGUAUAAUUUUAGGUUUUACUUUGUUCCACUAAUUAUAAAU